AGAGCUUAAAGCUCUAUAUUUCUUUCAACCACUAUACAUGCAUGCCAGAUAUGAAUAAACAACCAAGAUGAACAAAGUAGCGUCGGGUCUCAUCUCCUCCCUGACUCUCGAAACAGUUCUCCUCAUCCGCGGAAAGGACAGGCUCCCCUGGAAGCCCACCUUCAAGACCGCCUGCUGGAUGAGCUUCAUCUCCGUGCUGGCUAUGGAGUCCGUGGAGAAUGUCGUCGAGUACCAUCUUCCUGGGGGUGUGGUUAUGCUGGGCGACCUGGGAUUUUGGGCUGCAGCGGUGACAGCUAUGGGGGCUGGGUUUUUGCUCCGUUGCCGUGGAAUUACCUUAGGUUAAGGGCUUGGAGGCAGGCUUAUCAUUAGUUGGUCGUGACUACAUAGAUUACUUUAGGUUCCGGGGUGAGAGUGUGGUGGUUGGAAUGGAAUGGAAUGGAAUGUAUGAAUAAGGAAUUGUACUAUACUAGAUAGAUGUAGAAUGAUUAGCGCCGCUCCUUAUAAACAGUCUGUAUGUGAUUGAAAGCUUCUUGGACAAUAGCAGAAGGGGUAGAUAUCUUUCUCACAGAGUUGCAAGCGGAAGGUUGUUUCGUCAAUACUCUACUGCGAGUUUUGCGUCAAGUCCAAAAUUGCGUUCUUUUCACUGGAACCACGAUUCUA